UCUUUCUAGUCUAGAUCUAAUGAUAUUUUAUUAUAGAGAAUCUAGGUAGUAGCCUAAAUUAGUAGCCAAACUGGCAAAAUGUUGCAUGGGUUUUAGAAGAUUUCAAACUAUGGCUAAGCGGAGCCUCCUUAAGCUUGUGACCCUAGAUGUGACAAACACCCUGAUUAAGGUCCGUGGAUCACCUGGUAGACAGUAUGCUUUGAUAGGACACAAACAUGGAGUCAUGGCAGAUAUGAAUUUGUUGAAUGAACUAUUCUAUAAAUACUACAAAGAUCACAGUAAAAGAUUUCCUAAUUUUGGAGCUCAGAAUAUGAUGCCCGCUUAUAUUUGGUGGUCACUGCUAGUUAAGGACUGCUUCCGAAGUGCUGAUCCAACUAUAGGAGAGGAGACAUUAAGCAAAAUAGCAAAUGACUUAUACUUUCACUAUACUACACCUAAUGCUUGGGAAAUUUUACCUGGAGCUGUCAGUGCUAUUCAAGACUUGCGUCAAUAUCCAGUAAGGAUUGGUGUUGUUUCAAACUGGGACCAUCGCUUGUACAAAGUUUUGCUUACUAUGAAGCUGCGAUCUUACUUUGAUUUUGUUUUACCUUCUUACAUAAUUGGAGCUGAAAAACCAGACAGUGCUAUAUUCCAGCAAGCUUUAAAAGAUGCUAACUGCCUGCCUGAGGAAGCAAUACAUUUUGGUGAUAGUAUUGAGAAAGAUUUUCUUGGUGCCAGAAGAGUUGGAAUGGGAGCUUAUCUACUUGCCCACACAAAUAUUUUUGAGGAGUUUAUAGACAAAAAGUUUGUAGUGAAAUCUGUGCCUGAAUUUGUAGAAGCCAUUCGCCCUAGACUAGAGGAAGCCAACAUUCACAAUAGAGCGAGCAGUGUUAAACAUCUUUGAUGAUAGCUGAAUUUUAGUUCUGUUUGUAUUUUGUUUGUAUAAUAUAUAUACACAUAUAUAUAAAUGUUGAAAUUGUGUUCAUUUAUAUUUAAUUCUUGCAAUAAUUGAUGGUCCAUUGAAUUUUGCAUCUUAUUUUACAUUAUGUGGAUGCUAUACAGUAUUAUGAUAAAUUCUUAUUGUCCCUGCGAUGGCAAGAAUGUAGACCCACUUGUGUAGUCUUGGUAGUAAAGAACUUUUUAGUUAGUAUUUAGCCUCACAUGUGUAGCUCUGGUGGUGCUGAACUUUUUGUUAAGUUCUAGUCCCCCUCUUGUGUUGCUUUAGCCUUGCAGAGCAUUUUUCGUCCCAUUUUUUUUUCUUAGCUCAUUAUACUAAUUUUAUUUAACAUAUUAUAAUGUGAUGCUCUUAAAAACUCUAAUAUGUAAGCCUUACAUAUUGUUGAAAAUGUGAUAUCUGAGGAUUUAACUUUAAAAAACAAAAAGUUUAAAUCUUGUACAAUUCUUAUUCUCAAGGUACAUAUUUUUGUUCAGUACUUUCUUGGCAUUAGCUGAUGUUUGUCUAGUUAUUUUUUAAGGAUACAUUACUUGGUAUACAUUGGUAAUUUCUUUUAAUGCUAUGGUCAUCAUUACAUUGGAUAUACAUAGAGUAUUUGAAGAUAGCAAUAGUUAUAUACAUUUUUCGUGAUAUCUAAUAAAUUUAUGACCUGCUGUAAAUGUUGACAUUGACACUAAUUCAGGGAUUUAUUUAAUGAUUCAGGCAAACAUUUUUUUAUUAUUUUUUUUUUUACAUUUAUUUUUGGUCAUUAUUGACAUAUGGAAAAUGUUGUAUUACCUAUCAGUUUUCAUACUAACAUUUUUUUUUUUUUUUUUAUUAUUUAUUUUAUUUUAUUUUGAACUGAAGUAUCUUAGUAUUAUUUUAUAUUAAAAAAAAUUAGACUUCAGCUCUAAAUGUGUAUUAAACAUAAUUGAAAGAAGUACAUGUUUAAAAUUUAACUUUGAGACUUUGAUUUUUAGAGACAUGAAAACCAAAUGUGUCUGGUUUGCCAAGCACUUAACCACUUUAAAAAACAAAAAACUUGCAUGAAACAUUUUUCCUUUUUUACCCUACCUGUAAAUGUAAUUCCAUUUGUAAAAGUAGUUUUAUUGCUUUACUGUCUCCCUCUUGAGCUUUUGGUGCUUUUUUUUUUCAUAGCCACUUUUAUAGAAUAAUUGUAAUGAUGGCCUACAGAAACAUAAUAACAGAAGUAUGUAUUUUUAGCUUUUUGAUUAAAUAUAAACUUAAUAUGCAUUUGAAGAUGAUAAUAAUUAAUAUAUACAUCAAUACAUAUUUACAGUGCUUUUUUUUGUAUAAACCAAAAAAGGUAACAGUACCUAGUGAUGGAUUGCCAAAUAAACUACUAAUAAAUAAUAAAUUAAUAAUAAACGUUAAAAUUCAAGAAAAGUAAUAAUUCUUUUCCCCACAUUGAAAAAGGUGCUGGUACGCACCGUACCAUCACAAAAAAAGCACUGCAUAUUUAUCAUCAUUUAUAUUUAAUAGGAAAAUUUGAAACAAAUUUUUUUUUCUCUUGUUUUCUUGAACUCAUUCAGCAACCUUAACAAAGUGCAUACAUUUACAUAAUUAAUAACUAUAGAAUACAAGAUAAUUGCAAACAUUUUAGUCAAAUUCAUAUAAUUUAUUCCUCACGAAUCCUUUUGAAGGCCAUCAUUCAUAUGCUAGAUCUUUAAUGAAAAAUCUUUUUUUUAAGGGUAGUAAAGUGAUACUAUAUGUUGACAUUCCUUAUUACUUAUAUUAUAAUUAUAUUACUUAGCUACUUGCUUGUAGAAAUAACUUGAAAAGAAGAUCUCAAUACAUUUACUUUUACAGAUUCUAUAAUCCAAUGAUUCUUUUUACUUUAAACUUAUAAAACUAAAUAACCGUGCUGCCAUGUAUUAUGUUAUGGAACUAGUUUUACAUAAAUAAUGCUACUAUGUCAAAAAAAAGAAAGUGUCAGCAAUAAAGAACAUAAAAUAA